UAUCCAGCAACGCAGCUGCAGUUUUCUAAAAUAAAAACCCCCAAAUUAGUAAAACUUCGAAAUGAAAGCCAUUGUUACAUCUUGGGCAGACGAAGUCGAGGCGGACUAUGUUGAUGGACUGCCGCCAUCGAAGGAGCAUGUGGAGGGCAAUUACAAGCACAUAACGGAAUACAAGUACAACGAUGAGGGCAAGAAAAUAAAAGUGGUGCGAAGCUUUAAGAUUGAGAAGAAAAUUGUUUCGCGCGCUGUGGCCAAGCGUCGCAACUGGGUGAAGUUUGGGGACUCGCGCCUGGACAAGCCAGGGCCGAAUUCUUCGACUACAAAGGCGGCGGAUGAGAUUCUGAUGAACUUCAUCGGGUCCAAGGACUUUGAGCAGUCACAGGAUGGACUUAUGGAAGCGGGCAAGCCUGUGGCCAAGUGCAGAAUAUGCAAUGGGGAGCACUGGUCCGUAAAAUGCCCAUACAAGGGCACGGCUAUGGAUGUGGAGAGUCGAGCGAUUGCCGCAGCUGCCGCCAAUGUGUGUGAGAAUGAGAGCGGCAAGCCGGCCAAGUAUGUGCCACCGUUUCUCAAGGAAGGCGGCAAGACGCGUGAGCGCGACGAUUCAUCAGCCAUACGCAUUUCGAAUCUGUCAGAGUCCAUGACCGAGGAUGAUCUGGAGGAGCUGAUACGUAAAAUUGGACCUUAUAGCAAAAUGUAUUUGGCACGCGAGAAGAACUCGGGGCUAUGCAAGGGAUUUGCCUAUGUACACUUUAAAUACCGCAAGGAUGCAGCUGAAGCUAUUGAAGUGCUUAAUGGACAUGGCUACGAUCAUCUCAUACUCAGCGUCGAAUGGUCAAAGCCACAGAACUAAGUGCAAAAGCUUCUACAAACUUAGCAUAAACUUUAUUUUAAAGCCGUUAAUCCAUCAUAGUAGAUGUGAGCACACACACACACACACACACACGAGCAAUAAAAAGAACUAAAAGCUACUUAAGUGAAACUGAAAAGCGCUGGCCAGGCUGGUAGGUAGCCCAAGCUGGAGUUACGCCACUAUACGCGGGCUUCAACAUUAAUAAUUAAAUUUACGAAAAGAAAA